AUGAAGUCUUAUAUCCAGCCAACAAUAGAUAAUGCUCCAGAUAGGAUUUGUUUACAUAUCGGGACAAAUGAUUUAAAAUCCAAGGCACCGGAUGAUAUUGCAAACGCUAUUGUGGACCUUGCCAAAACCAUUCAAUCUACCUGUGGAGCUGAGGUUGUAUUAUCUGAGUUAACUACGCGCAAAGAUGCCCACAAAGAAUCGAUAAAAUGUGUUAACAAGCUCCUUAUUAAAUAUUCCAAGGAGCAUCAAUGGUCUUUGGUUCGCCACUCCAACAUCAUGGAGAAAGUCUUAAACAGAGGUGGUUUGCAUUUAACUAAACAAGGUAACGAAAUAUUAUAUAAAAACUUUGCAACAUGUUUAGCAGCCAAGGAAGCUAAUCAUCACUGAACUGUUUCCUCGAAUGCCGAUCGUCUUGAAUGUCAUGAAUCUCAUAACAAUAAUGACAAUAAUUGCAAAUCGAUUCAAUCAAUUUUGGAUCAGCAGAGAUCCAUUAUUAACAAUCACAUUCAUUCAAAACAAGGAUUUCAGUUAGCUUCACUAAAUGUUAAUAAACUCUCCACGCAUAUUGAUGAGAUUAGAAUUUUGCUUGCCGAUAAGUGUCUAGAUGUUCUUGCUAUUCAGGAAACUAACCUAGACGUGUUUGAUAAUAACUCUGAUUUUUAUAUGUGGCUACGAAUUAAUUUGAAGAGAUAG